AUGGCCCUUGUAUCUAAACAGUCAAAAUUAUUUGAAAUGACUUGCAGAGGUAUUGAGGCUAAGCAGCCCAACUCUGCUAUUCGUAAAUGUGCUAGGGUUCAAUUGAUCAAAAACGGGAAGAUGAUCGCUGCAUUCAUUCCUAACGAUGGUUGUUUGAACUACAUUGAAGAAAAUGAUGAAGUGUUGAUUGCUGGAUUUGAUCGAAAGGGUCAUGCCGUAAGAGAUAUUCCUGGUGUCAGGUUCAAAGUUGUGAAGGUUUCUGGUGUAUCUCUCUCGUCUCUCUUCAAGGAGAAGAAGGAGAAACCAAGAUCUUAA